GGCGGUAGCGCUCCGAGCCUCCUGCCAGCCGGGACUCCAUCCACCAUACGCCCCCUGCCAGUCCGCCCCGAGUCAGGCCCCUGUCCCUUCCGUUGGGGCCGCCCGGGCCCGUCAGCGGCCCGCACGGGCUCCUGAGCCCCGGGGGUCGUGCCGUCCCCGCCCGCGGCUCAUCUCACCUCGGAGCACCGAGAUGGAGCGGGGCUGGGGGCAGCUGGCGAGAUGGUCUCCAAAGGAGGCAGCGAUGCCGGGGAGCCUAAAGACGGGGGGCAGAGACCCAAGAUGUAGGCAGCAACCUGGAGAUACUAAGCGGGGACAGAGAGAGAAGGCGGGGCUCGGGAUGGGGCUGGGAGGAACGCAGACCCCAAGGGCAGACGGAUAGCCGACCCCUGGAGAGACAGAAGGGAAGGGGGGGGGGGGGGCCGGAAAGAGAUCCGGCGGGCUGCAAAAGCCUGGGCAAGGCUGGCGGGAGGUGCCAAGAGCGCCAACCCCCGCUGCUCCAGUUCCUCCUGGGUCCGAAUCCGGAAAGGCCCGUGAAAAGGGUUCUAGGCACCUAGCGCCCGCCUCGGACCCAGCAGGUUCAGCGCGGCAAGCUUAGGUCUUGGAAGGAGGAGGUACGAGUUGGGGUGGAGCGUUCCCGUCGAGGCAUCAGACAAAACACUACAAGUACCAGCAAGCACUAGGGCCCCCACUUGGAGGAACCAACUUCUCGGCGCGCAAGGACGGAAGGGAACUGUAGUUUGCCGAGGCCGUUGUGACCAGGGGUGGAGUCUCUCGGAACUUUCCCCCCCAAAGUUUUUAGGGACUCCUCCGGCGGAGUCCCUAGGCUUCCGCGCGCAGAACCAGAGGCGGGGCAUCAUUUCCAUGUCAUUCGGCCCUCCCGGCUGUGCCAGCGGGUUGGGGAUUUGACCUAUUGGAAUCAGCUGACGGGGAGGGGGGUGAGGAGAGGCGGCCCAGCGGAAAGGAGGGGGACCCUUAGGUGCCCGGCCCAGGACUAGCCUGCCGGAUCAUGGCCAAGACCAAGCCGCGGAUCCUGCCUUGGUUGCGGGAGCAGCUGGACUCGGGGCUCCUGGGGGCGGUGUGGAUCAAUGAAGAGCGCACGCUCUUCUACAUCCCCUGGAAGCACGGGCUCCGCCAGGACCUACAGGAGGACGAUUUCCGCAUCUUCCAGGCGUGGGCGGAGGCCAGCGGCAGCUACCGGCCCGGCAUCGACGCCCCGGACCCAGCCACCUGGAAGCGGAAUUUUCGGGCAGCGCUGGACCGCAAGAAGAACCUCCGCGUGCUCAGCAACCGCAGCCGGGACUCGCAGAAUCCGCACAAGAUCUACGAGUUCUUGCCCGAGGUCGGGGAGGGCCGCGAGUCCGGCCCAGCCGCCGAGCCCGAGGAGCAGGAGGCCAUCCAGGAUAUCCUGAAGACGCUGACCCUGUCCCCGCAGCCACCCCCGCAGCAGCUCCCCGAAGCCUUCAGCCCCAACUCGAUCUUGGAGCAGCUCCCCCAGACACCAGAGCCGGCCCCGGCCUGCAACCCCCUGAUGGCACUUUUGGCCAAUGGCCUGCAGUCCGAGUAUGAGGUGACGGCCUUCUACAGGGGCCGCCAGGUCCUUCAGGAGUGCCUCUCCUGCCUGGGGGGCCUGCGGCUGGUUGGGCCGAACCCUGGGGUGGAGGCCGGGACCCAGGUGGCCGGAACCGCCCUGGCCCUGCCCGAGCCCAGCAGCACCCUGGCUGAUCAGCACGUGGCCUAUUAUGUGGGCAAGGUGCUGGGCAGCCUGGGGGCCGGGCUGGCCUUGUGGACCUCCCAGACGGGGCUGCGGGCUCAGCGCCUGGGCCACUGCCGGGCCUACUGGGCCCUGGGAGAACAGGCAGCCCCGGGGGCCACAGGCAGGGAAGUGACCAAGGAGAACGCCGGCCAGCAAGUCUGCUACAUUUCCCAGUUUGUGAACGACCUCAUCUCCUUCCUGGAAGGCAGUCACCGCUCGCCCCAGUACACCGUCUGGUUCAGCCUAGGGGAGCCUUGGCCCACAGAAGCCCAACCGUGGACCAAGAAGCUUAUCAUGGUCAAGGUGGUGCCCACCGCUCUGCGGGCGCUCCACGAGGUGGCGCAGGCCGGCGGGGCGUCCUCCCUGGAAGAGGUGGACCUGCAGAUCUCCAGCAGCCUCUCCCUGUCCCUGGCACCUGCCCAGCUCCACAGCUACCUGCAGGAGCUGACCCACACCAUGCAGUGGGAGUCCGGGGCUCACUGCUGAUGGGUCCCCCCUCCCGGGCCCGGGUCCCUGCACGGGACAAGCCACCCUGACCCCUCCCCGAGCCUGUACCUUCUCUGCAAAAUAAAAGGGCUGCUCGUGUGUCUUU